UGAUGUUUGGACCAUGUGGCAAGAUUUUAUCGUGCCCAAUGCCCACAUCCACAAGCUUAAAUUCCUCCGGAUUUUCAUAUAAGCAGCUUCUUUUACACUUCACAGACAGAUCAAAGCCAGAAGAAGAGAGUGGAGAGAAAGAUAUGGCAAGGAAGAGAGAAGGCUUCUGUAUUUUCAACCUCCAUGCUUCGACGUGCACUGUGGUGUUAGUGAUCAGUCUCCUCCUUCCAAGCUUGGUUGCUUCUCAGUGCAAGAGAAAACCCAUCGUCUUCAACUUCGGCGACUCGAACUCGGACACUGGCGGCUACUCGGUCGCACUCGGAGCUAACUUUGGGUUGCCCGACGGGCGCACUUUCUUUCACGAGGGGACAGGCCGGCUGAGUGACGGGCGGUUGAUCAUCGACUUCCUCUGUGAGGGCCUGAACACGAGCUACUUGAGCCCAUACUUGGAAUCGUUGGGCCCAAAUUUCAGCAACGGCGCCAACUUUGCCAUAGGGGGUUCGGCCACCCUCCCUCGUUCCAAGCCCUUCAGCUUGGACGUCCAAGUCCUCCAGUUCCUCCGUUUCAGAUCUCGCUCCCCUUUGCUCCUCUCCAGAGGUUAUACGAAUCUGGUCGGCGAGGACGGCUUCAAGGAUGCUCUCUACACCAUCGACAUCGGCCAGAACGACCUCGCGGGCGAGUUUGGUUACCUCCCGUACUCGCAGGUCGUUCAGAACAUCCCGUCCUUCAUAGAAGAGAUCCGACUCGCGAUCUGGGGUAUAUACAAAAGUGGAGGGAAGAAUUUCUGGGUGCACAACACUGGGCCACUGGGCUGUUUGCCUCAGAAAUUGGCUACGACCGCCCACGACGCAAGCGAUGCCGAUGAGCAUGGCUGCCUUCGAUUUCUCAACGAUGCUGCUCAAGUCUUCAAUCGACAAUUGCAAUCCCUUUGUGAAGAGCUGAGGUCUCAGAUGAAGGAUGCGAUCGUGUACGUCGACGUCUUCACGAUCAAAUACGACCUCAUCACCAAUCAUGCCGUAUAUGGUUUUGAGGAUCCAUUAAUGGUGUGUUGUGGUAAUGGUGGGCCACCAUACAACUACAAUGUGAACAUCACUUGCCUCAAGAGCGGCUACACCGUGUGCGACCAGGCAUCGCGGUUCGUGAGCUGGGAUGGCGUCCACUACACUGAGGCGGCCAAUUCGUUUGUGGUCUCUCGAAUACUCUCCACCAACUACUCCACCCCUCCCGUUAGUUUUAACUUCUUUUGUAACAUUUAAUUUCACUGGAAGAUUUUUAAAGUUUGUUCAUUUAGCCGAUAUUUGCUUAUUUUAAUUACUUAACAAAGAUCUCACUCUUCAGGGAA